AUGUCGCAAACGGACACUUACACACUUUUCAUUCUGAGACAUGGUCAAAGUGAAUUGAACCAUGAGAAUAUAUUCUGUGGAUGGAUUGAUGCCUCUUUAACAGAAGAAGGAAAGGCUCAGGCACGUUCUGCAGCAAAAAUGAUUAAAGAGCAUUGCCAUGGAAAACCAUCUAUGCUUCCACAGAUUGGAUACAGUUCGAGAUUAGUUAGAACCCAGCAGACAUUCGAGGUCAUGCUUGAAGAACUUGGAAAGGAGGGAUCAUAUCAUGUAAUCACCCAAAGCACCAAUGUGCCCGCUAUUUUGAAAAACAAAGAAGAAUCAAAAGUUCCUGUUCUACAGACAUGGAGGCUAAAUGAGCGCCACUAUGGCUCUUGGCAAGGACAAAGGAAACCAAAAAUUCUGGAAGAAUAUGGGAAAGAGCAGUAUAUGUUUAUAAGAAGAGAUUAUAAGGGUAAGCCUCCAGCUGCUGAUCUGAGUAAGGAGAUGAUCCAAGAGAGAGAUGAUCAAGGCGCAUUGACAGGGUAUGAGUUUAAGGAACCAAACAGGCGCGUAAAGUACUGGCCAGAAGAAGAAUCUGGUGAAAAUCUCCCAAAUAGUGAAUCAUUACAUGAUGUCGUUAACCGUUUACAGACAUUUUUGAACGAAGUCAUCUUAGGAAAUUUGGAGGAGUUUUCCUCCACACUCAUAGUGGCACAUGGUAGCACAGUUCGUUCAAUUUUGAAGAUAUUGGAACAAAUUUCUGACGAAGACAUUAAAGACGUGAAUAUCCCGAAUGCUAUACCAAUUGUUAUCGAAUUAGACAAGAAAACUAAGAAGUUCAUUCGCAGAUAUUAUUUGGAUCCAGAAUUGGCGAAAGUCAAUGCAGAACGGGUGCGCAACGAGGGGUUUGAAAAGAACUAA